AUGGUUGUCUCCAACUCACAUCCAUACCCCGUUGCGGUGGGCAACCCCAAUGGCCAUGGGCAACUGGCGCAUCGCUCAGAUCUGAAGCCUUCUGAAUCGCCGAGGUUGUCCAUCGCUGGUAUGUGGGUUGUGCUGCUGCUGCGUCUCAAAGAGACGACAGCCACUAUCAAGGAACGCUACGACAAACGUGCCAUUAUUGAGAAGGAGAUCAAUGCUCGCACCGACGACUGGUGCAUUGGCAUCUUCCAAGACACCUACACUCGCCUCGAGAGCUUGACAGCCGAAUUUGAGAUGCAGCUGGCGAUCACCCAGAACCAGGAACAGGGCCAGAGCCAGACAUUGGCGGCCUUCACGCUGAGUCCCUGGCAGAUGGAGGAGCGCUACCGUGCUCUUGUCCAGAUGCAGUCCUUUCUAGGUUCCUUCUUUGAGCGUGCCAGUCCCUCUUACGACCAAGCAAAGACGCUCUGGUGGUUUGAUCCUUCGUACCACCUGUCAGAUGGUCUCAACUACGACCGCUACGGCGCGCCGGACGUGCGAGCGCUAGAAGCCCGUCUGCUCAAAGCCCUCGGCCUGGGUAACGAGAAGCUGCCCCUCAAGCUGCUCCUGACAUCCAGUGGCGUGGCCGCGUUCACGGUUUUGCAGCAGUUCCUGCUCAGCAACGUCCUACAGGCGGGCGAUGUCAUUGUCAUCUCGCCAUACCUAUACUUUGAGUGCUUCGAGCUCGUGCGACAGGUCAAUCACAUCCAGUUCAUCAACUCGGAGACUUUCGACGCGGAGGACAUCAUUGCCACGGCGGAGAGACAUAACGCCAAGGCCGUCUACUUGGACCCCAUGGCCAACACCAUCGGCUUGGAGACGACGGACAUCCGUAAGUUCUCGCAGCUCAUCUCGGGCAGAGAGGGCUGGGCAGACCGCCACCUGCUGAUAGACGGCACGCUCGUCUCGGGCGGCAUGGCUGUAUUCGACUGGUUCAGUGAGCCUAGCCACCCCAAGGUACUUUACUAUGAGAGCGCCCACAAGUACAUCCAGAUGGGCAUGGACAUCGUCAUGUGUGGAUUCCUCGUCUAUCCCGAGGAGUACCACGACACCCUGGGCCUGAUCCGCCAGGUCACGGGUCUGACGCUCUACACGCGCCAGGCGAAUGUCCUCCCGCAGAUCGACUACGACAUCCAUCAGUCGCGGAUGCACCAUCUCACCUCUAACGCGGAGAAGCUAUACCAUUUCCUGGACAAGAGGGCUUCCACAAUUGCCAGGUUCAAUUACCCCCUUCAAUGGCGCAAGAUGGGCUGGAGUCACGGCGGAAACGUCGUUACCAUCCGCCUCUUUGGCGACGACCAGAUCAACAAGCGUCCAAGCUUGGACGCGUUCACGAGCCUAGUGUUGCGAGCCUGCGAGGAGGAAGGUGUGGCCAUGACCAAGGGUGGCGGCCUGGGAUUCUCCGUAACACGCAUCUGGCCCUCGACACCGUUCAUUCGCAACGAAGACCCAUACAUGCGAAUCUCCGUGGGUGUGGACCCCGAAGAGAUCGAGCCUGUCGGCAGGGCCAUCAUAAAGGGGCUUGAGAGGCACUACCACGCGACGCGGUCUGUUAUGGCGCAGUGGAAGCUGAGGGAGAAUGGCAUCAUCAAGGCACCAAUUGGGGCUACCAAUGGAGGCGCAAACGGUGCAUCCCACAACGGCGCACGAAAGGGGUCGCAUACCGGCGUGCCCAAGCCCAUUCAGGCGUCAGACUCACACUGCAACGGUCUUCUCUCAAAGAUCAAAGCGCUGGAUGGCCCAGCAGAUGGUGAACCGGACAAUGGUCUUCUCAAAUCGUACAGGUAG